UCCCACACUAAAAGGCAUUUCAACUUUUUGCUUGAAGCAAAACUGCCUGAUGGUGAUGGAGCCGAGCGCAGGUGCAGCCACCCUCGUGUUCCUCACUCUAGCCUCACUUGUCAUCCUUGCGUCGGUACUGACCCGCAAACCCAAAAACCAGAGGCGCCCUCCAGGCCCAUGGCGUCUCCCCUUGAUCGGAAGCCUCCACCACGUCCUCACGUCGCAGCCGCAGGUCGCCCUCCGGGACCUGGCCAAGAAGCACGGCCCGGUCAUGUACCUCCGGUUCGGCCAGAUGGACACCGUCGUCGUCUCCUCGCCGGCGGCGGCGCAAGAGGUCCUCCGCGAUAAGGAUCUCACCUUCGCGUCGCGGCCCAACAUCCUCGUCUCGGAGGUCUUCUGCUACGGGGGCCGCGACGUCGCCCUCGCGCCCUACGGCCCGUACUGGCGGACGGCGCGCAAGCUCUGCACCGUGGAGCUUCUCAGCGAACGCAAGGUGCGUCAGUUCGCGCCCUUCAGAGACAGCGAGACCAUGUCCCUCGUCGAGAACGUCCGCGCCGCCGGUCGGGGCGGCGUGCCGUUGAACCUCAGCAGGCUGCUCAUUUCCUGCGCCAACACUAUCACCGCCAAGGCCACGUUCGGCCAGGUGUGCGACGGCGAGCUGCAGGACCGGUUCAUGGCCGUGGCCGCCCUGGCGAUCGAGGUCUCCGGCGGAUCCAGCGUCGGGGACCUCAUCCCGUCGCUGUCGUUCGUCGACUCCCUCACCGGGCUGAGAGGCCGCCUGUGGCGUGCGCGUCGGCAGCUGGAUGACAUCUUGGACAAGAUCAUCGCUGAUGAGCGCAGCGAGGGGCAGCAAGGCGACCACCUUCUCGGAGUUAUGCUUCGGAUCAUGGAUGAGGGCAAUCUUGAAUUCCCCAUCGACAUGACAAACAUCAAGGCGAUCAUAUCGGAUAUGUUCACGGCAGGGACAGAGACCACGUCGGCAGUGGCCGAAUGGGUCAUGUCCGAGCUCAUGAGGAACCCAAAGGUCAUGGCCAAGGCGCAGGCUGAAGUGCGUCGUACCUUUGACAACAAGAGUCCACUAGACCAUGAAAAACACAUAGAUGAUCUGCACUACAUCAAAAUGAUGAUCAAGGAGACCAUGAGGUUAAACCCUGUGGUGCCGUUGCUUGUCCCUCAUCUCUGCCGGGAAACCUGCGAUGUUGGCGGAUUUGAGAUCAAGGAGGGCACCAGGGUCUUGGUCAAUGCGUGGGCGAUGGCGAGAAGCCCGGAGUACUGGGAAAACGCAGAGGAGUUCAUGCCGGAGAGGUUUGAGGAUGGCACGGCAACCUACAAGGCCUCAAGGUUUGAGUACUUGCCAUUCGGCACUGGGAGGAGGAAGUGUCCGGGCGAUACAUUUGGGCUAGCCACGCUUGAUCUCAUCGUGGCACGACUCCUCUACUACUUCGAUUGGAGCCUCCCUGCAGGAACACGGCCUGACGAACUCGACAUGGAAACAAGCCUGGGGCUAACCGCGAGGAGGAAGAACCAGCUGCAUCUAGUGGCCACCCCGUAUAAGGGUGCUUGCUAGAUAAAGAAUACUCAUUCUGUCCUGAAUUACUUCUCUUACAUUUGUCUAUACGGAUGUAUCUAACAAUAUAUUCUAAUGUUAGAUACAUCUGUAUCUAAGCAAAUUUGGUACAGAUAUUUUGAGACGGAGGUAUAUCUAUGUGUUGUACUUUUCCUUUUCUAUUCAUAAAAAAAACAAUCAUUAUGGUGUUGUAUUUGUAAAUUUAAGUUGACGACCUCUCUAUGCCCCCAUGGAAAAGGCGGCAACAUAUUUGUACUUAGUAAUAAAACUACGUAUGCACCA